AUGGAACUAAAGGCGGAGAAAAAAGACCAUGACGACGACGAAAGCGGUGUACGGCGGCAGCAGCGCAACGUAGCCGCAGGUGCGGUGGCGAACGGUGACGGAAUGUCGGACCAGGAGAUUGUGGAGGUCGGCAUCGACGAGGAUCACAUCAAGUUUCUCACCAGCAUGCACUCGGGCGACGAUGAACCGCCAACGGUCAACGGUGGACCAGCACAUAACCACCGGGCAACGGGGACGUCGGUGGUUGCGGGAAUGACGGGACGCAACACCCAUCAGCGGGCUGCGGUAAAUGGGGUCGCACGGAAUGGUGGCGUACUCGUCACCGGUCGUAUCUCCAAUGGGGCGAUGAGUACCACCACCAGCGCCAGCAGCGUUACCAAUACCAAGCAGCAUCAUCAGCAGCAGCUGCUGCAGCAACAUCGGCCUUCCGUAACGCUCGCCCAGCGGCUGAAUGGCAUUUACAUCGGUGGCAAUCGCAACGGCGAACUUCAGAGGCGUAUCAACGGAACCGGGGAUGGGCUGCUCGUCGGUUACAGUGAUGAUGAUUCGGACGAGGACGACGACGACGAUGAUGACGAUGAUGAUGAUGACGACGACGAUGAGGAUGACGACGAUGACGACGAGGAUGAGGACGUGAUGGUCGUCGCUGCGAACAUCCUAUCGAAGACGGCGCAGAGGUCAUCGUUGCUCGGCACCGGAAGGACGUAUCAGUGUGACGUGUGCCCGAGGAUAUUCCACCGACCGGAUCAUCUGCGCUAUCAUAUGCGCAUUCACGAGAAAAACAACCCGUUCGAGUGUAAGCUGUGCUUUAGCGUGUUCGCUUCGGAUCCGGCGUUCGCGCACCACAUUCGCACGGAGCAUGCCGGGAUGGGGUUGGCCGAUGCGCUACCACCGGUGCCGGAAACGGAAGCGCACUUUGCCUGCACGUACUGCGAGAAAACGUUCACCGACACGGUGGAGCUGGAGGAGCACCUGCACCAGCAGCAUCUCGGGGACCGACCGUACAAGUGCAACAUGUGCCCGAAAGCGUUCAUCCGGAUGGAUUUUCUGCAGUGCCACUACCUGAAGUACCACAGCUUUCACCCGAUGGAGGACGAGGAGGAUGUGCAGGAGCAGUUGGAGGUGCCACCGCAGCAUGGUUUUACCAGCAACACUGCGAUAGAGACGAAUGAAGUCGAUCUGUUGGAUCAUCGGGUCAAGCGGCCGAGGUUGAUGGUGCGAAAGAUUGAAGAUUUGGUUGAUGACCGGAUGCAGACGGCAGGAAUUAUGGGUCUCAUGAAGGCUGGUGUGUCCCGGAGGACGUCCCACACCGGCACGGGCACGAGUAUCUCGAGUGACGAUCACCGGGAUUACGAGGACGAUGAGGAUGGUGACGAUGAGGGAACGGGCGCUGAAAGCAACGAUCAGCAACAUUUUCUACUGCGGAACGGACCCACAAUGACCGUCGGUGGGCGCAGUCUCCUACCAAAGCUGGCUGGAGGAAAUAGUCGGUUGAUGGCGGAUCAGCAACAGCAGCAUCUGUUGAAAAAGAUGAUGCCGGUUCCGGUGCAAGAGUGCCCCAAACAUAGCUGUCCCGUAUGUGAGCGCCGGUUCGUCCGCGAAUCGGAUUUAAUGCUGCACGUUCGAACCCAUCCAGAUCUGCCCACCUUCAAGUGUCCGCUGUGCGAAUUGGCCUUCAUCGGGUCUGACUAUUUGAAAAACCACCUGAAAAAGCACGUCAUCGGAAAUGGUGAAGAUCCGGGCGCACCGGGAGCCAUAGACCUGAAGUCAAUCGCGGUGGCAACGGCCGAUUCGACGAGCGGAAUGCAACAUUCCUCUGGUAAAAGUGGGACGACGGAUUCGACACGCACGGCGCUACCCGUCUCCGCGGGUGCUAAACAACCGAAACCGCUCGUUACGUCGAAGGCACCAUCCACCGGUAUAUCACUGCUGAAGCCGAUCGAAGAACGCAAACCGCCCGACCACCAGCAGGAGUACUGCGUUAAGACGGCCGAUGGCAAGUUCAUGUGUACGGUGUGCGAGCGGCUCUUUUCGCACCAGCAAACGGUGCGUAUUCACUUCCGCAUCCACACGAACGAAAAACCGUACAAGUGCACGUUCUGCCACGAGUCGUACAUCCGCUCGGACUAUCUCGAGCGCCAUUUGAAGGUGCAUUUUAAGGAUGGGGUGUUACCGGCGGCUGCCAUAGCUAGCAUGGCAGCGGCGGCGGCAGCUGCGGCCUCGACAACUACCCCAGCCGGUGGUGGUGCUAGUGUCGGAGGUGGUUCCAGGUCAGCUGCAUCAUCUCCUCCGCCUGCCGUUGUUAAACAAGACACUCCUGCUGAUUCCCCUGCCCCGAGUGGUGGAGGAUCCUCCGUGGCUACCGGAAAACCGCUCAUCGGUCGGGCAGGAUUGGCCCCGGAAAACUAUCAUUUCACCGAAUCGAACGACGGCCAGUUUGUGUGCAAAAUCUGCGAUACGGUGUUCAAUCAGGUGGCCUUAUUGCGCAAGCACGCCCUGGCACACACGGAGGAGAAACCGUUCCAUUGUGAGGUUUGCGAUCGGUCCUUCAAUCGGGUAGACUAUCUGAAGGAGCACUUUAAGUCGAAGCGGCAUCUGCAGCUGGUAGCGGAAGCGGCCGCUGGAGGGGACAGUAGCGCUGUGGCAAGUCGCUUGGAUGACGAAGGUGACGAUACCACGAUGGAUGGACUGUCGGUGAUGGGGAAUCGAUCGAAACCGGUCCAUGGACUGCUCGGUGGGAGCAAAACCAGCUCCAAGCUGGUGUCGCCUAUUGUGCUGUCGACCAGGGGAGGCAUGGUGAUCAAUAAUCGAGACGGAACCGUAUCAGGGGGACACAACAGUAGCAAUAGCAGUACUAGUAGCAGCAGCAGCAGCAGCAAUAGCAGUAGUAGUAGCAGUAGCAGCUGCAGCAAUAGUAGCCCCCCGAAGCAACACAACGGAUCGCCGGGUGAGGCAGAGACGCGCGGCGAGUUCCAUCGGUCGGAUUACGAGCGUACCAGCGAUGGACGGUACAAAUGCAAUCAGUGUGAUAAGACGUUUGUUACGGUGGUCACACUCAAGAUGCACUGCCGGUUGCACACGGGUGAGAAGCCGUACACCUGCCCUCAGUGUGAUAAAUCAUUCAUCCGGUCGGAUUAUCUUAAGACGCACGAAAAAUGCCACCGUCAGCAGUCGUUUCUAAGUAUGCUCUCGCUGACGACUUCGAAGGAACCAAGCACGGCCUCGGAAGCGGGUGAUUCGGACGGUGAUGGUGAACCGGAAGAUAGGUUAAACCGACCGCACGAGAACAGUCGGUCUUUGUUGGGUGGGAACGCAAUCAAUGGGGCUGGUGGCACUGAAGAACAGCACCAGGACGAAGAGGAUGCGGAGCAGCAAAACGAAGAUGAUGAAGACGAUUCUGGGGAGGAAGAGGAAGAAGAUGAAUCGGAAGACAGCGAGGACGAACAGGUGAUCGAGGUGAUGGUAAAAGAGGCAAGUUGCUCCGAAAGCGAGGAGGAAGACGACGAAGAAGAAGCCGAAGAGGACGAUGACGAAAAUGAUGACCCAGAGGAGGGACAUGCACAGCAACAGAGGCAGAACCUUUACGCAUCUGUGAAUGACAACAGUACAAACCGAUUCGCGUCCGGAACGAUGGUCGCUUCGGAAAGUCAGCAUCGAAAGCACAAAGAAAAAAGCCCGAACAAACAAAGGAAUCGUCCAAAAGUCUCUCACCCCUCGAAUGCAUCGAUAGCACCACCGACCAGCGGUGGUGAUAGCAGCAAUAAUGGGUAUGACCACGAGGACGACAGCACCUCACAGGCGAGUGGACCUGCCACCGGACUCCAGUACGGAGGUCAGGACGCGGCGCAAAAUGACCAGAAGGGCAAACAUCGGUGUCCGAUGUGCAACAAGCCGUUUGCAUGGCCCAAAUCGCUCAAGAUCCAUAUGCGCACGCACACGGGGGAAAAACCGUACAAGUGCGACGUGUGCGGGAAAUGCUUUGGACGCUCGGAUAGCCUGCGCGGGCACAAGCGGACCCACGUGGACGAUCGGUUGCUGCAGUGCCAUUUGUGCGACGUCAGCUGCUCCAACGCGACGGACCUGGUGCAGCAUCAGUAUGCCGUGCAUGGCUUGCAGCCAUUGGAGAGUUAGAGUCUGCAGGGGAAUCAGAGAGAUUCUACUGGCGCACAAAACAACCACCGAUCCGCGAGCGUGAUCCGGCGUGAUAGCUGAUACUUUUUACAAAGAGUAUAAUACGAUUGUAUAGACAUAGACCACCCCCCAUCGUCUUCAUCCACUACAAACCUAAGGUACAAUUUCAGACUGCUUCUUGGAGGUUCGCCCGUGCAACACACGAACGGCGCUCCUGCUUUAGAGUCUAAUUGAAUUUCCACCGGGACACAAGAGCGCGCGUUUCGCCGCUUGUGGUGUAAUCUUGUGUAUAUUAUAAACUU